AAAGGAGAAAAUGAGCUCAGGGAAGAGAAGAGGAAAACCAAACAGAGGGGGAGGAAGGGGAGCAAGAAGAGGAAGAGGCGGAGGUGGAGGCAGCAGUAGCUGUGGUAGACCUUCUAACAAACACCAAGCCAGUGGCAGCAAAAAAGGCUCAGAUAAAAUUUGGGAAGAUGAUGAUUUCUGUGUUGAUGAUGAUGAUGGUGAUUUCUGUGUUUUCAGUGGACCAAAAGAUGUAGCCAGGUCAAGCUCUGCUAGCAGAGGACAUGGACAGACCAGACAAGCAUCCAAAACAAAGAUGCCUCUUCAGACUCUGUACAUGACUUCCGAUAAUCAGAUGAGGGUGAAAGAACUUCUUCGUGAGCUGCAAGGACAAGAGCUGGCUGCUGGUUCAGAGAUGCUUGUAUCAGGUGAAGAUGACUGUGAUGAAUUUGAUAACUUGGAGGACGAGCACGCCUGGUCAGAUGGGCAAUCAAUUUCUAAAAAAAGCACAAAUGCUUCUCAUCAACCACCUGUGAGCCAUGUUCUAGAGACUGAAGUCUCUUCAUUUGCUGUGCACAAACUAUCCAGGUACGGCUUUGAUAGCGAGCGUUGCCAAGCUGUGCUGAAAUCUUGUAAUAGUAACAUUGGGGCAUCCCUGGAGCUCUUACUCCUGCAGUGCUUUUCAGACAAAUUUGGAGAGAGGAUGCAUAUCACAGAAACUGCUGCUCAGACAAGUAUGGAAGAUUGUUUGGAACAAAGGCAAGAGGAAGCAUUUGCCCUCCGUUCAAUAUGUGGAGACAAAUUUGUGGAAAGAAUUAAUAACAGGGUCUGGACUGUUGCAUUAGACUUGGCAUACUUGACAGAGAUGCUCAACAAGCCAAAAGAAGGGAAUAGCAACACCAGUAAUGGACUAAAGCCAGCUUCCCUGGAAAUCUGUAAACACUACCUCCAAGGAGAUUGCAGGUUUGGAUCAAGAUGCAAGUUCAGGCAUGAAACUCGAAACAAGCAAAAAGGCCUUCCGAGCGUCAAGGAAGAUGCUCAUCUCAGAGUUAAUGCUCCUGUGUAUGAACUUGAAAUAAGAUUUCCUGAGGAUAACAAAUACCCUUAUCAGCCGCCCCUUGUGGCAUUCUAUACUACUAAUGAGAAGCUGCCAUUGGCUUGCCGGUUGCACAUUGCUGAAUUCCUUUAUGAAAAGGCCAUAAUAUCGUCGGAGUCUAACGAACCUGUUGUUUAUGCUUUUAUAACAAGCCUAGAGGAUGAAUCUGAAGUAACAAAAUUGCUUAGUAAGACUUCUCACAGAUACAGUGCUCCUCCUUUGCCUCUGGCAACACCCUUGUCAAGUACAGUGACAGAUGUUCAUAAGCAAGAGAUUCCUAGCAGCUCUCAUGUUCCUUUCCGGAUUUCAGAAGCAACCAGGGAGUUGGUGACUGAAGAAGAGGAGGAGGAGGACGACGAAGAGCUGCAGACAGUUCACAUAGAGAAAGAGAGUUAUGUGAAUCUCAGGAAAAAGAAGUACAGCACAUCAGCAGAGCCAACUUGCAAAGAAAAUUAUAAAAUUUGCCGUCAGUUCAGGAUAAAGAAGUCUUCUAGGCACUACCAGGCUAUAUUGCAAGAACGACAGAAACUUCCUGCAUGGGAAGAGAGAGAAACCAUUCUUAACUUGCUGAACAAAUAUCAGGUCCUGGUUGUGAGCGGUAUGACUGGAUGUGGAAAGACCACUCAGAUUCCUCAGUUUAUCUUGGAUGCCUCCCUAGAAGGUCCUCCCAGUAAUUUAGCCAACAUCAUCUGCACCCAGCCUCGCAGGAUCUCUGCCAUUUCUGUGGCUGAACGUGUAGCCAAGGAGCGAACGGAGAGAGUUGGGGUCACAGUCGGAUACCAAAUUCGGCUAGAAAGCGUUAUGUCUUCAGCUACCCGGUUGUUGUACUGUACUACUGGAGUGCUUCUGAGGAGGCUUGAAGGGGACAUGAGUUUAAAAGGAGUCACCCAUAUUAUCGUUGAUGAGGUUCAUGAGAGAACAGAAGAAAGUGACUUCUUGCUGCUGAUUUUGAAAGAUAUAAUGUCUCGGAGGCCAGACCUGCGCAUUAUAAUGAUGAGUGCUACCCUGAAUGCAGAGCUAUUUUCUCAGUACUUUAACUCCUGUCCUGUUGUUAGCAUACCAGGUAGGACGUUCCCCGUUGAUCAGUUUUUUAUAGAAGAUGCUAUUGCAGUGACUCGGUAUGUCUUGGAGCAUGGCAGUCCAUAUAUGCGUCGAACAAAGCAAAGUGUGGACAAGAAAGCAAGACACGUGAGGACUGCUGCAGAGGAAGUAGAGUAUGACCUAAAGCGUUCUGGAUUGGUGCAAAGUACAGUGGCUGUGGCUGCCAAAGAUUCAGUUCCAGACCAGCAACUAACAUUCCAGCAGUUACUGAUCCGCUACAAAGGGGUUAGCAAAUCAGUAUUAAAAACAAUGGAGAAAAUGGAUUUGGACAAAGUUAAUCUUGAAUUAAUUGAGGCCUUACUGGAGUGGAUUGUCAAUGGCGAACAUUCGUAUCCACCAGGUGCAGUACUGAUUUUUUUGCCAGGCAUGGAAGAAAUUAAAACACUGUAUAAGCAGUUGCAAUCUAAUCCACUCUUCAAUAACCGGCGCAGCAAUCGCUGUGUUGUUUAUCCACUUCAUUCCUCACUUUCAAGCGAGGAGCAGCAAUCUGUGUUCCUUAAGCCUCCUGCAGGGGUCACCAAGAUCAUCAUAUCUACAAACAUUGCAGAAACCUCCAUUACCAUCGAUGAUGUGGUCUACGUUAUUGAUUCAGGGAAGAUGAAAGAAAAAAGGUUUGAUCCAAGCAAAGGUAUGGAAAGCCUGGAGGAUACAUUUGUGUCCAAAGCUAAUGCCUUGCAAAGGAAAGGACGAGCAGGCCGGGUAGCCUCUGGGGUCUGUUUUCAUCUCUUCAGUAGCCAUCAUUACAAUCAUCACCUUUUGAAGCAGCAGUUACCUGAAAUACAAAGAGUGCCUUUGGAACAGCUUUGUCUCAGAAUUAAGAUUUUGGACAUGUUCUCCACGCAAAGCCUUCAUUCAGUUCUCAUGCGACUGAUUGAGCCACCAGCAGCCGAAUCUCUACGUUCCUCAAAGCAACGACUGCAGGAUGUCGGAGCCUUAACUUCAGAUGAGAAGCUCACGCCCUUGGGGUAUCAUUUGGCUUCCUUGCCUGUUGAUGUCAGGAUUGGGAAGCUAAUGCUGUUUGGCACCAUUUUCCGCUGUCUGGAUCCCGCACUGACAAUAGCAGCAAGCAGGGCCCACAAGUCUCCUUUUGUUUCUCCGUGGGACAAAAGAGAGGAGGCAUUCAAGAAAAAACUGGAAUUUGCAAUAGGAAACAGUGAUUAUCUUGCUCUUCUCCAAGCAUAUAAGGGAUGGCGUACAGCUUCAAAAGACGGCUUUCAAGCAAGUUACACAUUUUGUAGACAAAAUUUCUUAUCAGAAAGCGCUUUUCAGCAAAUGGCCAGUUUAAAAAGGCAGUUCACGGAACUGUUGUCUGACAUUGGAUUUGUGAAAGAGGGACUCAGAGCCAAGGAUAUUGAGAGGAGGUGGUCUCAGGGAGGAGACGGCGUUCUGGAAGCAACUGGAGAAGAGGCAAAUGCUAAUGCAGACAACGUCAAGUUGAUAUCAGCCAUAUUAUGUGCUGCUCUGUAUCCCAAUGUGGUUCAGGUGAAAAUGCCAGAAGGAAAGUAUCAGAAGACCAGUACAGGAGCUGUUAAAAUGAAGCCAAAAGCUGCAGAGCUGAAGUUUGUUACCAAGAAGGAGGGCUCUGUUCACAUUCAUCCAUCUUCUGUAAACUACCAGACAAGGCACUUUGAUAGCCCUUACUUAGUGUAUCACGAGAUGAUAAAAACCAGCCGGGUGUUUAUUCGAGACUGCAGCAUGGUGUCUGUGUACCCACUGAUCUUGUUUGGAGGUGGUCGUGUUAAUGUGCAUCUUCAGAAGGGAGAGUUUGUUGUUUCCUUGGAUGAUGGGUGGAUUCGUUUUGUUGCAGCCUCACACCAGGUAGCCGAACUAGUGAAAGAACUUCGCUGUGAGCUUGACCAGCUACUCCAGGAUAAAGUAAAAAACCCCAGCAUAGAUCUUUGUACCUGCCCUCGAGGGUCUCGUAUCAUUAGCAUGAUCGUUAAACUUGUGACCACACAAUAGCACUGAGCAUUUGGUAUAAAGACUAUCAGCAGAACAAUGGCAAUAGAGAUGGAAGCAACACGGAUGCCUGGAAGUGGCAAUCAAAGAAACCACUAUAUUUGAGUAGCCCUAAUGGAGUUAAUGGGGCUGGAGAAACAAAGGUGGUGGGUUUUUUUCACCCAAAUCAUGGAAAAGUUGGCAUAUUUUAAGGGAAACGCAACUGUUUCCUUUCCAGGAGCAAUCUGUGAAUUAUAGAGUGAGAGACUACAGUAUUGUUAUUUAUGCCAAUGAAACUCAAAAGAGAUCCUAAAACAUUCAAUUCUAAUGUUUUUCUUGUCACUGUUUUUGUCCAAUUAAGGAUUAACUCUUUUUGCUACAAAAUGACGGUCUAUUGACUUUGCUCUUCUCAAGGCAGGACUUGAUGUUUACUACAGCAACUGUUUGUAUUUUCCUAAAUUCUAAAAUGGAUUCCCCUGUAAGCUUUCCCUAAACCCUGUCCUAAUCUGAUCAAUUAAUCAAUGUCGGUUGCCAAAAUUUUAAUGAAAUAUAAAUGGUCUUUAGUAUAAAAACAAGCUAGGCUCUAUAGGAGCUGGUGUGUGUGUGUAAGCACACAGGGCUCAAAUUGCCGCUUGCCAAAGGCUGUGGAAGUUGUCUUGCUCCUUCUCAAAGUGUUAGUCUAGAGAAGAAAGUUCAUUACUCUUUUACAUUGCCUGAAGUAAACUUAGCUUCCUUGACAAGACAGCACUUAUGAAAGCAGUAAGUGUGAAGUGUGCCAAAUUUUGCAAAAGCAAGACAUGAAGAUAAUGCUGUUACAUUCUAGUUCUGAGCCCCGCUGGCUCCUGAAACCAGAUCUUUCACAGGUCAGAAGAAAUGGUUGAGGAAUGCAAGAACAAAAGAGGCUUAUUUCAGUGCAGUUCAUUAUGACUUGUGGACUCCCAUCAGCCUAGCAACUUCUUAUAAACAAGAAGCACAAUCCUGCAGAAAUUAAUGGGACUUGAACAGAAGCUCCCAAAAAGGUGCAUUUAAGGAUUUUCAAAAACAGUAAACCAACAUUGGGGCAGGAGUAGAGAAUGCACAAUUGCUAUGGCAAUAGAAACGAGCCCACUGGUGGUUAAAAAUAAAACUCUGUAUAGUAACUUUAUGUAUGUCACCUUAGGUGCUCAUUGGUUGGAGUAAUGGUGAUCAACAAGCUCUAUAAAUAAACAGGAACUUGUUCAUUAGAUUUGUAA